UUAUGUAUUCUUGUUCUCGCUGACUACACGACUUCCGCUUUCCUGUUUGAGGGAUUUGUAAACACACAGGUAUAAACAGCAUGGUCGCUAGGUCGUAGCCCAUUGUUAGCCACCUUGAAGCUGAAGCUGCGGAGUAUCAUGGCGGGAGUCAUCCGGAGACUCGACGAGACGGUAGUCAACCGGAUAGCUGCGGGAGAGGUUAUUCAGCGCCCUGCUAACGCUGUGAAAGAAAUGAUUGAAAAUUGUCUGGAUGCGAAGUCCACUAACAUCCAGGUGACGGUUAAAGACGGCGGACUGAAGCUGCUCCAGAUUCAGGACAACGGCACCGGUAUUCGGAGAGAAGACAUGGAAAUAGUUUGUGAGCGUUUUACCACAAGCAAGCUACAGACAUUCGAGGACCUCUCUGCCAUUGCGACCUAUGGCUUCAGAGGAGAAGCCCUGGCCAGUAUAAGCCACGUUGCCCAUGUAACCAUAACGACAAAGACGGCAGACGCCAAAUGCGCUUAUAGAGGCAACUACAGCGAUGGUAAACUCAAAGGCCCACCAAAACCCUGUGCUGGAAACCAGGGAACACAAAUACUGGCAGAAGAUCUCUUCUACAAUGUGUCCACCAGGAGGAAAGCUUUAAAAAGCCCCAGCGAUGAGUACGCCAGGAUUGUAGAGGUGGUGAGCAGGUAUGCCAUACACAAUUCUGGGAAAAGCUUCUCUGUCAAGAAGCAAGGAGAGACGGUAGCAGAUGUGAGGACUUUACCCAAUGCGUCAGUGGUGGAUAAUAUUCGAGGAAUCUUUGGCAAUGCAGUCAGCAGGGAGCUGAUCGAGGUCUGCAGCGAGGACCAGAAGCUCGCUUUUAAGAUGAAGGGCUACAUCUCCAACGCGAACUACUCCGUCAAGAAAUGCAUCAUGGUCCUCUUCAUCAACCACCGUCUGGUGGAGUCGAGUGCGCUGAAAAAAGCAGUGGAGACAGUUUAUGCGGCGUACCUUCCCAAGAACACACACCCUUUCCUUUAUCUCAGUUUAGAGAUCGCCCCUCAGAACGUAGACGUGAACGUGCACCCCACGAAGCACGAGGUGCAUUUCCUGCACGAGGACAGCAUCAUCGAGAGCGUUCAGAAGCACGUUGAGGGCAAACUGCUGGGCUCCAACUCCUCACGCACAUACUUCACUCAGACGUUGCUGCCCGGGCUGUCCGCGUGUGGUGGAGGUGAGGUCAAGUCGACGAGCGGCGCGUCCGAGUCUGCCGAGCGCGUCUACGCGCAUCAGAUGGUGAGGACCGACUGUCGUGCUCAGAAGCUGGACGCUUUCCUCCAGUCAAAGGAGAAGCUGCUUCCUGAGCCCGAACCGGCCGGGCCGAGCGGCGCAGAUUCCGAGGCCAAAACCGUCGAGCCGGAUGACGUCGACAUGCUGGAGGCCCUGAACCAGAUGGAGGCAGAGCUGCCGAAAACUGAGGAGAGGAACGACAGAGUGCCUGAGGUCCAAAGGAAACGUCCCAGGAAAGAGCAGGAGGAGCAGCAGCAGGAGACGGAAGAUGGACGAGAGCAGGACCUGACGACCGCAGACACGCCCAAGAGACGAGUCAUCAAACUAAACAGCGUCAAAGAGCUGAGAGGCGAGAUUAGCGACAAUGCACACAAAGGUCUUCAGGAGAUGCUGCAGAAUCACUCAUUCGUGGGCUGCGUCAACCCUCAGUGGACUCUGAUCCAGCAUCACACCAAACUCUACCUGCUCAACACCACAACACUCAGCCAGGAACUCUUCUACCAAGUCCUCAUCUAUGACUUUGGGAACUUUGGUGUACUCAGAUUAUCUACACCGGCUCCCAUUUACGAGCUGGCCAUGUUGGCCCUGGACUCUGAGGAGAGUGGCUGGAGUGAAGAGGAUGGACCCAAGGAAGGCUUGGCUCAGUACAUUGUGGACUUCUUGAAGAAGAAAGCAGAGAUGCUGGAGGACUAUUUUUCCAUGGAGAUCGAUCAGGAGGGCAAUUUAAAAGGACUACCCUUGUUGCUUGACAAGUACACGCCUGUCAUGGAAGGUCUGCCCAUGUUCAUCCUCCGCCUGGCAACAGAGUGGAGAUUCAUUGGCCUUGUCGUUGACGCUCAUGUCAGCACCUUCAGGCUUUUGCUUGGCGUCAUGCAGGUGAACUGGGACAACGAAAAAGAAUGCUUCCGAGAGUUCAGCAAAGAGUGCAGCAUGUUCUACUCCAUAAGGAAGCAAUACAUCCUCGAGGCAGAGUCCAGAGAGGGGCAGGAUGCAGAGCUGAACUCGUGGCGAUGGAACGUUGAACACAUCCUGUGCAAGGCUUUCCGUUCGCUCAUCAGUCCGCCCAAACACAUCAGUGAGGACGGCACAGUGCUGCAAAUCGCCAACUUACCGGAUCUCUACAAAGUGUUUGAGAGGUGUUAGAUGACCAGUAAAUCACUAAGCCAUCAACCUCACAUGCUGCUCCUUUUUACUUUUUGUGUUUCUUUUUUGUUCUCAUUAAACUCCUUUGUACGUUU